ACACACACACACACACACGUAGAGUGGAGGUUGCCAACAUAUCAUGUAGGCUAUGCUCCCUUUUCUUCUUCUUCCUGGCUUUCUCUCAUGCAGAGGGAGGAUCCAGGAAGGCUGCCAGUUAGUGACUGUCAGUAACCACACGCGCGCGCGCGCACUCACUCUCGCGCACACACACACGAACACACUCACAGACAGACAGGCAGACAGACAGAGGGGAGAAUCGCGCAGUGAAACUACCAGUCGACAUGUCUCAGUUUUCAGACCUGGAGAAGGCCAUCAACACACUGGUCACACAGUUCCAUUCCGCUUCGGCUGACAACGCUCCAACCCUGAAAACCGAUGAAUUUAAAAAUAUGUUGUCCUCCCAGAUGCCUAACAUGGUCAAAGGGAUUGGCACAGAGCAGGGAUUGGGUCAAAUCCUGAGGACAAUGGGUGUAGGUGACGGCGAGGGCAUCUCUUUCAAGCAUUUCUGGAAUUUAAUCCAGUCAGUAGCCACCAGCCAGCACGGCCUCCUCGCCGGCCAGCCGGGCUCCAAUUGCAGCUGCAUCGUCCUGUGAGGAGCACCGUCAGCUCCCAGCUCCACCCUGGAGUUUACCUUACAGAGUUACAGUAUGCACAUCACUCUCCUAAUCAGGUGGCAGACAGAAUAAAGUCUAGUCUGCACACAUCAUGCUGUUCCUAACAUAUCUGACUUAAUCACUUAAGUUUUCAAAUGCUAUGGUCUCAUAUUCCAGAGGGAAUUCUGCCCAGCAUCAUUUGCACCAGUUCAAAUUCAAAGUCUAGUUUUAUUUUUUCAUCAUUUGUACACGUUGCUGUGUCUGAAACAAAAAUGUUAACCAUAUUAUUUUUUUUAAAUGGUAUCUUUAUGCUUUUGAUUACCAAAUAGUAGCCUUUUUUGGUGACUAUGUACUUUUAUUUCACUGCACAGGUUGAGUUGAACUGGCCAGGACAUGGGUUUUAUGAAAGUAUUAUGAAAGUAACUGGUGCAAAAGGAGCUGGGCAUUAUCACAGUUUUAGUCAUUAACGUGUCACUUCCUGUCAUUUGAUACCCGUUUCCCAUGUAUAAAGUGAUUAAUGUGGCUAUAUGGUUUACUACACACAAUGGAAAGAUGAACAGGCCUCUGUUAAGCACAUUUUCUUAUAGCUUGACACUUGAAAAUGGUUUCCAUCAUUCCUUCCAAAAGGCUCUUAUCUUCAUCUCACUAGUUAACUUCAUAAAUGCAGGCAUUCAGUUUUUAUACAGUUAGUGUAGUCAACUUUACGCGUCAAAACUGCUGACUCGAGUCUCAUCUGAAGGCACAUUGUUUUAUUUUCAGAAUCUUUGAAACACUUACGAGUUUUCCUGUUUUGUGCAAAACUUACUCGAGAUCAAUGUACGCAGUUAAUUCAAGUGUUAACCUUGUCUUUAAAACUUAACAUCUCAAAUAGACGUCUUACUUUGUCGGGAACACAAAGUGUAUUCUAGGUUACUUCUGAAUGUUUGAUUUUGCAGCCCUCUGGUGUGUGCUUUUUAGUCCUUUUAUACAUUUUGUACCAGUAAUGCCAUCUUGCAUUUUCCAUGUAUUUAUAUUUGGUUAUUCUCUGUAUUCUAAACCUGUGUGACAGCAUAAGACAAAUUAUGUAAUAAACAUACAAAUAAAUCACUCAUACUGCCAUUA